AUGGAUUUGGUUAUCCGGUCUUAUCAUGGUCACUUGAGUGGAGUCUAUUGCUUAGCUCUUCACCCAACUUUAGACGUUUUACUAACCGGAGGGCGAGACUCUGUCUGCAGGGUGUGGGAUAUUCGUAUCCAGAGGCAAAGUUUUGCACUCUCAGGACAUGAAAGCACCGUUUGUUCCGUCUUCACUCGUCCAACGGACCCACAAGUUGUAACCGGAUCUCAUGACACGACAAUUAAAUUUUGGGACCUUCGAUAUGAAAAGACAAUGACGACUCUAACACACCAUAAGAAAUCCGUCCGAGCAAUGGCCCUUCAUCCUAAAGAGAAUGCAUUUGCUUCUGCAUCAGCUGACAACACCAAGAAAUUUAGCCUUCCAAAGGGAGAGUUCUGCCACAACAUGCUUAUAUGGUUCUGGGACUGGAAGAGUGGUCACAGUUUCCAGCAGUCAGAAACUAUUGCACAGCCUGGUUCACUGGAGAGUGAUGCGGGUAUAUAUGCAGCGUGUUAUGAUCAGACAGGUUCAAGAUUGGUAACAUGUGAGGCUGAUAAGACGAUAAAGAUGUGGAAAGAAGAUGAGAAUGCAACCCCAGAAACUCACCUUGUCAAUUUCAAACCACCCAAAGGCAUUAUUAGAAGCUUCUAA